AUGAACUUUCCAGAACUCCCCCGUAGGUUAUACACAUUAGGGGAAGAGCCAGAACCCCACAAUAGCAUUUCGUAUCAUACGGAUAACACGAAGUUGCAUACUGCUCUUAGGGAAGCUCUCACUGAUGCUGAAUUUGAAGAGCUCAAGGAGUCGAGAUUGGGAGUUUUCAUCAAGUUCAAGGAGCAGGGAUUUGGUUGGGCUUCAAGGCUGGUUCACCACUUGCUCGGUUUAAAGCUGGACAUUAAGAAGAAGUACGAGAUGUGGUGUCUCGUUGGUCCAGAACCUGCGAGGUUUUCACUGUUAGAGUUUGAAAACAUCACUGGUCUAAACUGCGACUACAUCGAGGACCUUGAGACACCAGAAUGUGAAGUUACCCCACAGAUGGUUUCUUUCUGGGAGAUGAUGGGAGUUCAUCGGGAAGCUGGGCCAAGUACUGAUCAGAUAAUAGCAGCACUGAAGAGAUGCGGGGAUUGGUCCAGGGAAGAUCGCAAGCGACUCGCGUACCUUUCCAUCUUCACUGGAUUCAUUGAAGGGAAAAAGUUCUCAAGCGCUACACGAGCUACUCUCGCAAGGCUAGUGAUGGAUUUAGAAAGGUUUGAGAAUUAUCCAUGGGGGAGAGUCGCGUUUAAGGUGCUGAUGGACUCUUUGUGGAACAAAGAUAUUACUGGCUGUUACACCGUGGAUGGCUUUAUACAAGUUCUUCAGGUCUGGGCGUACGAAGCUAUUCCGGGAUUGGGUGCUAGUAUUGGUCUACCCAGAGCAAACAGUCCGUCUCCACCGAUUCUGGCUUACGACGGCAGCAGAGGCCGCAGAUUCAUG